ACAGAGACCAUAAAUAGCAUCCCCCAGAAGCCUCCUCUCUCAUCCCUUCUUUCAGGGAAUAUCUGGAGCAGUGCCUGCUUCCUCCGCCCUGAAGUCAUGGCCCUAGGUCCUCUGUGGCUGGGCCUUGCCCUGUGGGGGGCGCUGCACACCCAGGCCCAGGACUCCACCCCAAACCCGAUCCCAGCCCCGCCUCUUCACAAGGUCCCUCUGCAGCCUGACUUCCAGAACGAGCUGUUCCAGGGGAAAUGGUACAUCUUAGGAGUGGCAGGGAAUGAAAUUAAUGAAGAAAAACACAGCCAGUUGAAGAUGUACACCACCACCUACGAACUGAAUGAAGACAACAGCUACAAUGUCACCUUUAUCCUGCCCUGGAACCAGCGCUGUGAUCCCUGGGGCACAACUUUCAUCCCAAGUUUCCAGCCAGGCCUAUUCACCCUGGGCAACAUUGAGCGUUACCCUGGAAUACAGAGCUACACGGUACGAGUGGUGACCACAGACUACAAUGAGGUUGCCACGAUGUUCUUCAUGAAAGUUUACAACAACCAGGAGUUCUUCAAGAUCACCCUCUAUGGGAGGACCAAGGAGCUGAGUCCUGAGCUGAAGGAGAACUUCAUCGGCUUUGCCAAAUCCCUGGGCCUCACUGAUGAGCACAUCGUCUUCCCUGUCCCCAAUGAUGAGUGCAUAUAUAAGUGAGUGAGCAUGAGGUGCCCUCUGACUCUCUCCACCCCCACCCCCUCCCUCUGACCUCUCCCCAGGGCACAGCCCAGCUGUCCCCACCAGCCUGGACACCAUUGAGAGAGCCUGGAGACCCCUCUUACUUCACUGCUCCCCAGCUGCUCCCUAGACUGCCCUGCUCAUGGAACCCCUCCUUGUUUGCUAAAUAAACAUGUCCCCCGGUU